GUAAAAUUAUUAAUACUGUGCAAUACCAUGUUCCAAGAGCUGCAGGAAACUUAAAUUUUGUGUUGCCAAUGGCGGAUUGCAGGUUCUUUCCAUUUCUGAUAUUGAUGUUGCUUAUCUUUCAAACCCUUUUAACAGCACAUGCGACUUCAACCUUUUUAAAAAGUUUGAAGCUAAAAUCGAAUGGCAAGAAGCUGAGAAUUCUGGUUCCAGAUUUCAGCACAUUCCCGAAUUUAGUACAACUCACUAUCGAUCCAAGAACAAAUGAAUCGGGUGUGAGUGGAUUCUGUUGGGAUGUUUUCAAUGCUGCGUUUAAUGCCUUAGACCACGGAGUAGGGAUUGAGAUUAUUCCAUACCCUUAUAAGGAUGGACGUAGUUACAAUGAUUUAAUCGACAAAGUCUCUCUUAAGGAAUAUGAUGCUGCUAUUGGGGAUAUAACCAUCACAGCAAAUAGAUCUCUUUAUGUUGACUUCACAUUGCCCUUCACUGAUCUAGGAACUGGAACAAUAGCCCGAGACGCCAAGAAAAGCAUUUGGAUCUUUCUAGAUCCUCUUAGUGCAGAUCUUUGGAUCACAAGUGCUUGUUUCUUUCUCUUUUUAGGGUUUGUCAUUUGGUUUAUUGAACAUCGUACAAAUGAAGAAUUUCAAGGUUCUGCAUGUCAGCAAAUCGGAACAACUCUCUGGUUUGCUUUUUCGACCAUUGUUUAUUCCCACAGGGAGAAGCUGCAAAGUAAUCUAUCAAGAUUUGUGGUUACAGUUUGGGUUUUUGUAGUGCUUGUGCUCACGUCAAGUUACACAGCAACAUUGAGUUCACUUUUAACAAUACAACAGAUUGGAAUGAAGGAGAUAGAGGUCGGACUCCAAGGUGCUUCACCCUUAAGAGGAGCUGUCUUUAAAAACCUCAACUUCAAAAUUGAGGAACUGUAUACACAUGAGGCCUACUCUAAAGCAUUAACAAAUGGAAAUGUUGAUGCAAUCAUCGAUGAGAUUCUUUAUGUCAAAACAAUCCUUGCUAUGUAUCCUGGUUCUCACUUCUCUUUAAUCGCAACAGCAUCCACCACUAAUGGCUUCGGCUUUGUGUUCCAGAAAGGUUCGCCCAUGGCUGGAGAGAUGUCAACUCAGAUAGCAAAGAUGCGGGAAGAUGGGACAUUGAAAGCAUUAGAAGAUAAAUGGUUGAAACGUCAGUCUACAGUGAUGUCAAAGGAUUUUUCUUCCCCUUCACCAAAAAUCUUGAAUCUUUAUGGGUUUCGGGGCCUCUUUCUUAUUAGUAGUGUGUCAAUGGCAUUAGCCCUUUCUGUGUCUAUGGUUCGUUGUAUCUUUCGGGGAAAUUUUUAUGUGAAGGUUAAGAUGCAGUUAUGGAGCUGGUAAUGGCUUUGGGAGUCUCAUGGAAACUCAGUGCCGAACUUUUACCCAAAUGCAAGCUGUGACGUAAAAUAGUAGACAAGUUUCACAUUUGUUCCAUCCGGGCAACAUGAACAUUUUUUAAAAAAGUUUAACAGCUAAAGCUUGGAUGUACUUUGGAAAAUGAUGAUGAUGGAAAACAGAAGGGUGAUGACCAUAACAACAAGACUGGUUUUUGAUGACAAUGUUGAUGAUGAUCUUAAUGCUCUCAUCUUCUUCAAAGAUUUUAACCAUUCAACCCUUGCACACUUUUUGAUAACUCUGAAAUCUACUUAACUAAACGCAAAUUACUUGUAUUCGAUUGCUUCCGUCCGUGUUUGUUUGUUUGUUUUUUU